AUGAGGUCCAACACUACUGGACCAUCUGCUGCUGUUGCUCCAGCAAUCCUUCCAACUGAAGCUGAAGCUCCUAGAGCCGAGGUUGUCGCUGCUCCUGUAAUCGCGACCACCAAAGCUGUUACAGCUGAGGAGGUUGAUGCCAUCCCAAGGGAUGAUGAUCUUUCCAUCACCUCUGCACCCGUUGCUGGUGGUGACGAUGAUGAAGACAAAGACGAUAAAGAUGAAGAUGACGAACCUGAUCUCCCAGACCCCAAAAGUGACCUAGAUGAUGAUAACGAUGAUGAUGAAGAUAACUUUACCAUCCAGUGUCAAAAUCCAACAACCGCCACCGUGGGAGUCGCCCUCAGGGAUUCUGCAUCCCAGAGGGAGCAAAGAGAAGAAGAGUCUGCUCCAUCAACGAACCACGGCCACAAGUCGAAAGGCAAAGUGGUCGCUGAGUAA